AUGGCUUUCCCCACACUACAUGCCCGCGCAGAGGCUAAACCUCUUGAACACCGCUCGUGUCUCACACCCACAACCGCAAAGAAGCUGCUCGAUGCUGGCUACCCUGUCCUCGUCGAGCGCUCGCCCAAGGACCCCAACUACGCCCGUAUCUUCAAAGACGACGAGUUCGAGGAGGUAGGCGCGACGCUCAUCGAGGAAGGCGCAUACAAGACGGCCCCCAAGGACCGCAUCAUCAUCGGCCUAAAGGAGCUGCCAGAGGACAAGUUCCCGCUCGAGCACACAUUCGUACACUUUGCACAUUGCUACAAGCAGCAAGGCGGAUGGGAAAACGUAUUGGCGAGGUUCCCCCGUGGCGGUGGCACAUUGUAUGACCUCGAGUUCCUGCAAGAUGAGUCAGGCAGGCGCGUUGCUGCCUUUGGCUACCACGCCGGUUUCGUCGGCGCUGCUCUUGCCAUCAAGACAUGGGCUUGGCAACUCACCCAUCCCAACGGCGAGCCCCUUCCUGGUCUAGAGACCUUCACUGAGGGACGCGGCUACUACAACAACGAGAGCGAGUUGAUUACCCAACUCAAGGAAGAUGUCGCAGCCGGCGAAAAGAUCGCAGGACACAAGCCCAGCAGUCUGGUGCUAGGUGCUCUCGGCCGCUGCGGCUCUGGUGCCGUCGACCUCCUUGAGAAGAUUGGCUGCCCUGAGAUCAAGAAGUGGGAUCUUGCCGAGACCAAGGAGCGCGACGGCCCAUACCCCGAAAUUGUCGAAUCUGACAUCUUCGUCAACUGCAUCUACCUUUCCAAGCCCAUCCCGCCUUUUGUCAACAAGGAGAGUCUCAAGUCGCCAAACCGCAGACUCAGCGUCGUUUGCGAUGUCAGCUGUGACACUACUAACCCUCAUAACCCCAUUCCCAUCUACGAUAUCAACACCACCUUUGACAAGCCCACAGUUGAGGUUUCUGUCGAGGGUGACGGUCCUAGACUAUCUGUCAUCUCCAUUGACCACCUUCCCUCUGCGUUGCCUCGUGAGUCUUCAGAAGCCUUUAGCAACGCUCUGCUGCCUAGCUUGAUGGCUCUGAAGGACCGCGCGACAACGCCUGUGUGGCAGGGUGCUGAGAAGCUCUUCCAAGAGAAGGUUCAGACGCUGCCGGGUGGUGUCCCCGCAAAGGAGGUAUAGAUGUGCUGGGAGUUGAGUGAAGUAGCACAUAUAUGAAUCACGAAUUCGUGCAUUGGUAGAUGAAAUCAAACAAAUCAAGCAACGAAA